AUGGAGUCUGCUAGCCCUAACUGCAGUUCGCUGCCCAAUGCAUUCAACGAGCUAUCUUACUUAACCCCGUCUCUAGCACCUGAGUUUCAGCUUGGACGGUACAUUCUUGCUGGCUCAUUGGGCGCUAUGACCUGGGAGUUGUUGUCAAACCUUUCCAACGAUUAUCGGCUACUGUUUAAGCAUAGACUCGGCUUUCCGACGCUGGUCUACUACAUCUCUAGGCUCUCGACCUUUACAUACGCUCUUGUGAGCGUUGUUCUUCAGACUGCAUCGGUCGGCCAUUGUCAGGCAAUACAGUAUAUCGAUACCAUCUUUAUGGCUUUAUCUGUCUCCACAACUAGCCUCCUCUUCUACUUUCGGAUGUCCGCUGUUUACCACAGUAAUAAGUAUAUGAUGGGUGCUUACACGAUUGUGUGGCUAGGUGUUGUCGCUGGAAGCAUGAUGCUCAUACCUUCCGCGACGGGUGGCGCUAUUGGCCCCACAAAUUUCUGCAUAACGAAGGCGAUGGAGAUGUAUGCCGGUGCAAUUGGUGUUUCAGUUCUCCUACACGACACAUUCGUUUUCAUCGCGAUCUCGUGGCGGCUUGUGUUGAAUAGCUACCACGAAGUAUCCGACUGGAGACGAGUACGGGCAUUCCUAUACGGUGAAUCCCUUCAACCGAUCUCAAAAACGUUGUUACGGGAUGGCCAAUUAUACUAUGCGUACGUUUUGAAUCCAUGA